GGCGCCUCGCGGCGGGCCAGAAGGACGCUAUCGAAAGUAGGCCCCGGUUCUCCCGUCAAGGCCGCGCGUCCAUCGAUAUAAAGGGAGUGGUCUUGCAAAGCUCGUCCUAGACUGCAUCCCACCGCUGCAUACCCGAGAUUAUCAUGGCCGCCAGAUAUCCCUCGAGCAACGCGUCGACGCCCUCUGGAGGCUCCGGAGCUGGUCUCGAGCUCGUGCACACUUCGUGUAGUCCGAAGAGGGUGCCACCGGUUGCGAGAAGGCCGCGCACCUACCUGCGCGCCCCUCAAGAGGGCCCGUUCACUCUGCGUAAUCACAACAAGGAGGUUCUGGUAGGGCGAAAAACCCUGAUCUCGUGUCUGAGUGGGGUCGACCCACAAGGAUACAUCUUGUCGAAGCUUGGGAUGGACUUGGGCACAACCUUUGAAGUCCGGGCAGUGUACAACAGGACGAAGGUUCUAGCGGCUUUCUGGAUUGAGGGCGAAGCGGACGCUGCGUGGAAUGAGAUUGACUUCGGGACUUGGAACGAGUUGUCGCCAUUCGUACACGAGAUAUGUGUAGUGGAUAGAGAAUGAGGGGCGGAACAGCAUGACUUCUGCCAAA